CUUCUAGCGAUUAUCGGGGACCAAUUUCAAGUCGGACAAGAACUGUGCGGUGCUGUAGUGUCAGUACGGUUUGGGGAGGAUAUAAUUUCUGUUUGGAAUAGAACAGCCAACGACAAAAAUACCACGUAUAAAAUAAGAGAUACCAUCAAACAGGUAUUGUCGCUGCCGCCAAACGUAACCAUGGAAUACAAAUGUCACGACGCAAGCAUCAGAGAUCAGUCCUCUUUCCGAAAUACAGACGUCUUCUCUUGA